UGUGUGUGUGUGUGCGAGCGAUCCAAAGGCAGACUUUAAGACAAAGCCAGCUCUGGCGGGUUUUUUAAUCCCAACAAGCAUCUGUGCCCCCUCCUCCUCCAGAUAUCGCUACAGCGAUGUUACCGAACAGCGCCGAUGACUCAGCCUUGUCUCUCGUGUUUUUCUAGUUCAUAAUAGAAGACAUGAAGCAGCAGCAGACCAACAAACACAGCAACCUGCACCGGGAAGACCAGCACAUCACAGUGGAGGAGCUGUGGAAGGGCUGGAAGACUUGUGAAGUCCACAACUGGACCAUGGAGGACACGGUGCAGUGGCUGAAGGAGUCGGUGGAGCUGCCGCAGUACGAGAAGAACUUCCGGGACUUCAGAGUCACAGGGAACACGCUUCCCCGAAUAGCGGCGAACGAGCCGUCGUUCAUGUCGAUGCAGCUGAAGAUAUUAGACCAGCGGCAUAAACAAAAGUUAAACUUGAAGGCGCUCGAUGCUGUGCUUUUCGGGCCUCCUCUUCGUCCGCAGCACAACUGGGUGAAAGACUUCGUCCUGAUGGUUUCCAUCGUGAUCGGCGUGGGAGGCUGCUGGUUCGCCUACAUUCAGAACAAGUCCAGCAAGGUGCACAUUUCUCAGAUGAUGAAAGAUCUGGAGAGCCUUCAGAAUGCCGAGCAGAGCUUGAUGGAGCUGCAGAGUCGGCUGGAAAAGGCUCAGGAGGAGAACCGCACCGUUGCCGUGGAGAAGGAGAACCUUGAGCAGAAGAUGCGGGACGAGAUCAUCGACGCCAAAAAGGAGGCUCACCGACUGCGAGAGCUGCGGGAGGGCGCCGAGUGCGAGCUCAGCCGGCUGAAAUACGCAGAGGAGGAGCUGGUGCAGGUGCGAAGGGCUCUGAAGCGGGCGGAGAAGGAGAUGCAGUCCGAGCGUUCGGUCCCCGAAGCGCUGCAGAAAUGGCUGCAGCUCACGCACGAGGUGGAAGUUCAGUACUACAAUAUCAAGAAGCAGAGCGCCGAGUUUCAGCUCUACGUCGCCAAAGACGAGGCAGAGAAAAUAAAAAAGAAAAGAGGCUCUGUGUUUGGAACGCUCCAUGUUGCCCACAGCUCAUCCCUGGAUGAGGUGGACCACAAGAUACUGGAGGCAAAGAAAUCUCUGUCGGAAGUGACGGCGUGCCUGAGGGAGCGGCUUCACCGCUGGCAGCAGAUCGAGAAGCUCUGCGGCUUCCCCAUCGUCAACAACUCAGGCCUGCCGAGCCUGACGGCCAGCCUCUACUCAGACCACAGCUGGGUGGUCAUGCCCCGAGUCUCCGUCCCCCCGUACCCCAUCGCAGGCGGUGUAGACGACCUGGAUGAGGACACGCCUCCCAUCAUUCCACCGUACUCCACUGCAUUGAUCCGGCCCCCGCUGACCCGCAACAGCAGCAUGUGCCGCUCCCGCCGAAGCCUGCUGAGCCAGCAGUCGUCGCUGAUGUCCCCGGACCCAGACCUGCUGUCCAUGGCCGGCUCGUCCCUCUCCUAUCGCCCCGAUGCGGACGACGAACAGUUCAUGUUCAGUGUGGAUAGGAGGGGGUAUGUAGCCGUGGCCGGAACGCCGUGGAAUGGUUUUACAUUUUGGACUAACAGAGAACCGGCUCAGGACGGCGGCUCCGACACGGACUCCCUCAGCUCGAGCAUCGGCCGCAAGCAGCUGCACUCCCCGUGCGCGCCCGGCCCCGACACCCCGUACCGCCGGAUCUCCCGCGAGGAGCUGCUGCUGCUGGGCCAGGGCAGCCCCGAGCGCCCCGGGUCCACGCACACCACCAGCAGCAGCAGCAGCAGCAGCCUCAGGGACUCCACGCCCCCUCCCAUGCCCCCGACGCCGGCCACCACCCCCUCCGGCCCCCCCUCCACCUCCCCCUCCCCGGCCCUGGAGCACCACCCGUUUGCACAGAAAGGCUCGCCCGAUCUCACCUGCGUCAUGCCCGAGUCCCAGAGCAUGCCGCUGUCGCAGGGCAGCGCCGCCUCCCCGACGGGGAAGGGCGUGUACAACGGCAUGCUGGAGAAGUCCUACAGCUACGGGCAGCUGCCGGCGAGCAUGCUGCCCAACGUGGGGCGCCACCCGUCCCUCACCUCGCUGGACUCAGAGGGCCGGAGCGUGGGCAGAGAUUACAAGCUGCACAGCACCUCCUCCCAGGACUCCUGCGACAACGGGGAGAAAAUCAAGCGCUCCUCCUCUAAAAUCAAAAGCUUGUUUAAGAAGAAGAAAUAGAAACAUUCGGAGCGGAGAUAGCGGGCGCGCGCGUGUGCGAGUGACAGAGAGGAGAGGAAACUAACAAAGAGUUUUAUCGCUCAUACGUCACUGGAAGAUAAAACAUUUCAUUUUCUCUCCUGGUUUUUGUCAUCAAAGAUGGAAUGUAGCUCAGCCUGGGUGCCGUCAAACGCCCCUCAGCCUGGUAGCCUUAUUUUCUCAAUAAUCCCUUUUUAUUUUAGUUCUCACAGAGAAAACGCGCACAGGUCGAGGAAGGAGCCCAGGGCAACUCUGAACCUGCACACGCUCUUCUCUUCAUUUUUUUUUUUUUUUUUUUUUUUUAGUUUGAACCAAAAAAAGUCUCUCUUAAAGGGUCUAAAAGGUGCGGUCUGUACAUUUAGUUUCAAGCUCACAAAGUGUAGUGUUUCACUGAAGACGUGUAGUGUGGAUGAACUCGUGUACUUGACUCAUUUCAUUCAGAAGAGGGGAGGGGAAAGAAGAAAAAAAAAAAAAAGGAUAAUCCUGCUAAAAGUUUGUUGCACUACUGCUUUCUUCGUGGUUGUUUUGGGGGGGAGAGAGGCGCUGCUCGCGGAGUUUUACGCGUUUGAAUCAAGAUGUCAUGAAGGGAGGAUGCAUGAGCGAUCGCAAUGAAAACGCAGCACAGAGCCAAAAUGAUCUGACGUGCCCUCAGUGCCACUCUUUACGGAUGUCUCAGUAUAAAUAUAUAAAUAGAAAAUAUAUAUAUAUAUAUAAACAGUUUUCACAUGUUGUUCUUAAAGGUGAUUUUAAUAGAUUUUUAAAUUUUAGGGUUUCACUGCAGACAGAAGCCACAACAGUCACUUUAUCUGUGUUCUUGUCGCCCUUUAUUACUUGAUUACCUGCAUCCUGUAGCCAUACAGUAAACAAAAUCUAUCAUCCUUAUGUUUUAAUAUCAAAGACAUCCUGCAGCUUUUUAAACUUGGUGUCGUCAUAAUCUUUCGGGGGAAAAUUGGCUUUCAGGUGCAUCUCAAGUAAGUUAGAAUAUCGUUGAAAAGGUCAUUUGUUUUAGUAAUGUGGUUUGAAAAGUGUAACGAGAUUUGCUGCAAACGGAGUGAUGAGUUUUACGCGUCUGUUUUGGGUAACUUUAAUUUUAGCUUACAGCAAAUGAGAUCUUUUCAGUUGUUUUUUUUUA